AUGUACAAACGCCUCGCAAGCUCGGCCAAACAUGUCAGCAUUCAAUUACUGGAGGAACAUAUUUGCACCUCGAGACGGAAGGAGUGGAGAGGCAAGACAAAGGAAGGCGACAUGGCAGCCCAAGCCCUCGUGAUGGAACAAAUGAUUGAAUCACCUUUGCCGUCACACCUCACAGUCCAAACCACAUGGAUUAACACAGUAGUGUUGCCCCCCCCUCCCCCCUACAAGUUCAAUGGGGACCCUACUGACACAACGACCGUAGCCGGUUAG